AUGAAAUUCCCAGCAUUCUCUUUACUCAAUAACACCGCCAAUUUCACCUUCUUCCAAUACGUAGCGGUUCGAAACCCGAACCGUUACGCUUUCUCACAUUACGACAGUUCCUUACAACUCUUCUCUGAUUCAACGGGUCCUCUGGGUUUUAUCUAUAUUCCUGCGGGUAGUAUUUCUGCUGGUAGAACUCAGUAUGUAUCUGCUACUUUUGAUGUCAAGUCAUUCCCACUUCCACCCAAUGUUGGGCAAGUUAAUGGGCCCGUGUCUGGACCCGUACCCGGACCCAUGAUGGAGCUGGAGACAAGGAUGAAGCUGGUAGGAAGUAUGAAGGUGUUAAAGGUAUUUGCUCAUCAUGUGGAAAAAGGAACUCAAUGUAGAGUUUCUAUUCAGGUCUCUGAUGGGUCUGUUCUUGGCUAUAAUUGCUGA